UGCAUUACUCACCGAAAGGCUAUCCACAUUACUUCAAAGAGUAUUUUUGCUAAGUACCACCACAACUAAAUAUUGAAAAUGUCUCGACUUGCUUCGCAUUACAGCAAAUGUAAGACAGCAUUUCUAACUGUGGACUUACAGCUUGCUUUCAUGAAUCGAAUCUCCAACUUUUCCAACUGUGUCUUCGUGUCGAAUCGCAUGGCAAGUUUCCAUGCGAUUCUUCCGCAGCAGACAAAGUUCAUCGCAACGGAACAGUACCCUAAAGGGUUGGGGCACAGUGUAAAUGAGUUAAUAAUUCCUCAAGAUGGGUACGUUGUUGAAAAAAGUAAGUUUUCUUGCAUCGUUCCCGAUGUGGCAAAGCAUAUCACUGAUGUUGAUACGGUAACUGUGCUUGGAAUCGAGGGCCACGUUUGUGUCCUACAGACAGUUUCUGACUUAUUGGAUUUGAAGAAGCGUGUUUUUGUUCUCGUUGAUGGAGUUGGAAGCCAGAAAGAGAUGGAUCUCAAGAUGGCCUUAGAUUUAAUGCGAACAUGGGGACCGAAUUGUGUUCUCACCACGUCUGAAUCUUUUAUUCUUCAGAUGAUCAAGGAUGCUUCCGAUGAGGAAUUUAAAAAAGUGUCCAAGUUGCUGAGGGACCCACACCCAGUUCCAAUCUAAUAUCUUUUUUGUUUUAUCUCAAGUAUGGUAUGCGCAAAAUGAUAAAUUAAUGGAAAAUUAUUUCAAGUAUCGAAUAGGUUACUUAUGCUUGGUACACAUGGUAGAUCUGAAUACCAUGUAGAAGAAAAUUUGAAAUUAUUAAUCUUUACCUUCCAUGAAAGUGAAAAUUAUAGUAUGUUCGUCUUAGAAAUAUUAAUCGUGAAUAUGUCUAUCUGACUUUUAUUUUCGUUUUUAGAGUAAAGUUUAUAAAAAAACAUUUUUUUGUUUUAAUACUUUAGGUACUGCAUUCGAUAA